AUGAAGCGUGGUUACUUUGACGACUUCAAGGAUUUGAAGGAGACACAGGGCCGUAUGUUCCAGGCUUCUGAGCAGCUUUCCCCAGCUGGCACCUCCCCACACCUGCCUCCCAUGGCGGUGGUGGAGCCUGGAGGCGCAGAGGUGCUGUUCCCUCCUUCCCAAGACAGCAUGCGCGUGGGGCUCCUCUGCAUCGCUUUCAGAGCCGGCGCUGAGGACAAGCUGCGCUCGUGGAGCGAGCCUUUCAGGGAAGCGAUGCAGGGGCGUUCGGGGGCGCGCUGGUUUGACAUGUCUCUCGUGGAGUCUGUGGUGAUGAGAAUAUGGCCCUUCAAGCAGAUGAUUCUGCGAAGCGGGCUGACAAAGCCCACAGCACCCGCUGAGGCCUGCCAGCUGCAACCAGAGCACAUCUUCCACUUUGGGGAUGCGACUGAAAUCCGGCGGGUCCUGGGAAUGACCAAUCGGCUGACAGGGUAUGCCUACCUGAUUGAUGGGAAGGGGCGGGUGAGGUGGCGAGGCAGCGGGCAGGCCACAGCAGCGGAGGCUGAGAACCUGGUGGCAUGCUCAAAGGAACUGCUCAGCGGAGGCGACUGA